CGCAGCAGAGGGUAGGCGAGUCUCCCGCGCCCUACCUUCCGCGGCGGGGCCGCAGCGAUCUGCUAGUUCCGAGUUCUUCUGCCAAUAAAGUUCCUGAAAAAAGUCACAGUCAUUCUUAAAAGAGCAAAAGAGGGCGCGAGCCGGCCGGAGGCCCUGUCGGAGGGCUGGCGCACCGGGCGGCGGAGACGGCGGUUACACCGCGACCUGGACGAGCGGUCGCGCCGGGCGGCGGGCGGCGGGCGGCGCGGGGACGGUUUUAUGUCAUGAAAAAAUAACUUCAUUUUAAACCAAAGAUUUGAGAGAGAAGAUCGGAUCACCUGGAAUUAAAUUUGGCACAGAAACCUUUUCAACUCCAAAAAUGUUGGAGGAAGAUAUGGAAGUGGCCAUAAAGAUGGUGGUUGUAGGGAAUGGCGCAGUUGGAAAAUCAAGUAUGAUUCAGCGGUAUUGCAAAGGCAUUUUUACAAAAGACUACAAGAAAACCAUUGGAGUUGAUUUUUUGGAGCGACAGAUACAAGUUAAUGAUGAAGACGUCAGGCUCAUGUUAUGGGAUACCGCAGGUCAAGAGGAGUUUGAUGCAAUAACAAAGGCCUACUAUCGAGGAGCCCAGGCUUGUGUGCUUGUAUUUUCCACCACAGACAGGGAAUCUUUUGAAGCGAUUUCCAGUUGGAGAGAGAAGGUGGUGGCUGAAGUUGGAGAUAUACCAACUGUACUUGUACAAAACAAGAUCGAUCUCCUUGAUGACUCUUGUAUAAAGAAUGAGGAAGCUGAGGCACUGGCAAAAAAGUUGAAGCUGAGAUUCUACAGGACUUCAGUGAAGGAGGAUCUGAACGUGACGGAAGUUUUUAAAUAUUUGGCUGAAAAAUAUCUUCAAAAGCUUAAACAACAAAUAGCUGAGGAUCCUGAAUCAAUGCCUUCAAGUAGUAACAAAAUUGGUGUCUUUAGCACGUCUGCUGGGAGUCACUUGGGUCAGAAUUCAAGUACCCUUAAUGGUGGAGAUGUCAUCAACCUCAGGCCCAACAGACAGAGGACCAAGAAAAACCGAAAUCCUUUUAGCAGCUGUAGCAUACCCUAAAAUGCUUCAGGGAGGAAGAAGUGAAUUGUAUUGUGCAGUAAGAUACAUCCAGCUGUCACGGUAUGUUAACACAAUUUUUUCGCAGACUUUGCACCUAAUGGCUCUCUGAAAGCUGACAGACUUAAACAGAUAGCACUGCUCUGCAGUGCUUUUCAGAAUGGAGCAAGAUCUCUGGUGGAAAAAUUACUGCCCUCUGGACUUAUUUUAAUUUUUUUACAUUAGACGAAGCUUCUCCUGUUUUUGAAGGAAUGCUAUAAGAAACAUCAAAAACAGGUUUUGCUGAAUUUGAAAUGCUGGAAAACAUAAAUGAAAUGCCUAAAUAUACUGGUACAGAUUUUAAUAUUAUGGAUCAAGGAAAGAUAGCAACCGUUCUUUCUCUGAAAUUGGUCAUCUAGCUUUUCUAGGAAGUAGUAUUGAAUCUGAAUACUGAAAAGAAUAAUAUUGAAAGGCGAACCCUAAUCUUGCCAGACUGCAUUAGUGUGUACUUCGGCAAUGCUACUUGUGCAAUAUCUGUAGAUGUGGAAUGUGGAGGUACGUGCACACGCAAAUCCCUGGUUCUGGAGUAAACAGAAGGUGUGUGCAGUGUUUAAGGAAACAUAGACUCUAACUCAUUCAUUCAUGAAACCAUUUACACAUUUAUGUGUAUGUUAUAAGUUUCUAUUUUCAAAUGAGAAAUUCUAGACAUAUUUUGCAAAAUGAGCUCAGAUUUUAAAAGUGCUUUUGUGCCAAAAAUACCAUACCUAAUUUUCAGUGCUUUACCAGAAUUUAUACUGUUGAUAAUCUCUUUUAAAAGCAGUUUUCCUCUCUGACAGAGUAGAUGAAAGAGUGUCUUAGUGCUAGAGCCCCUCCCAGGUGGCACUGGUUGCGUGCGGAAUCUUUUCAUGUCCCUGCACAUGCAUGGCGGGCUUGGGCUGGCGGCUGCAGGACCCCCGCCCUGUGCAGCGUGGCCGCCCUGUACCCAGUGCCUUUUGCUGUUGACAACGCAAUUCUGAACUUUUAGGAUUAUGCUAACAGUUUUUUUAAAUACGCAAGAGGUGAUCUUUUGUCUUAAACCACAUUACGGAUUUUAUAAUGCCCUGCAACUCUAAAGCAUCUUUUUGUUUACAUAUUUUUUGUAUGGUAUUUUGAGAUUAUCAUUUAAAAAUUUCUAUAAACUUCAGUUUGUAUAGCACUUUCUCAAGAGCUCUGUCAGCACCAAAUGCAAAAUAAUUUCUUUUAAUAAGUGAUUUUAACAUGUAAUCAUGUGGCAGAGCAUACAUUUUGUGACUUGGGACAGUAGCUUUCCAACUCGGAUAAUUAAUUGCAUGAACUCUGGUAAAACUGAUCAUCAUUCAUCAAUGACUUGUUUUUAACCCCUUGCAAUAUACCUGGUUUUUACAGGAUUUAAAUAUAUGUAAAAAUAACUUUUCUUGGAAAAUGUGUCACAAAGUCAUUUUUCAUUAUUUCUACUAAAUGCAUAAUGUUUUAUAUAUUCCUUUUGUAUGUUUUCUCUCUCUCAUUCUUUUUUUUUUUAAGUCUUCCGUCUGCACCACCCUCAUCCCCUGUCCAGAUUAAUGUUGAAAACAUAAUAGAAUUUUGUAGGGCAUGUCUUUAAGUGGUCAGGAGUGAAGGUUUGCUUUUCAUAAUAUUGAAAUAAUCUGGCAUUAUCUAUUUCAAAGUAAUAUGUUUAUUUUUAUGUCACCAGUUGUCACCACUCCCAUUGCUGGCAGUGGGAUAGGUGUUGGAGAAAAACUCUCUUCCUAACAAUGGGUACCCGCUAGUGAUUCCCUUUUCUACUCUCUGGAAAUACAGUCCCUUUGAUUUUUGCACAAAAUAUAUUUUGCGUCAAAUAGUCUUUAGUAGCAGAAAAACCACGUUAUAUAAAAUGUUGUAGUUCUAUUUCACAUUAAUUAAAUGUGUGUGGGUAAAAGUUUGUUAUUUUUCUACAUUAAAAAAAUCUGAUGAUG